GAUAGGUUUUUAUAACAGUUGCGGCAGAAAAGGUUAUUUCCCUUUGAUAAACUUACAUCAAAACUUGUGGCCGUUUAACACUGUAAAUAACAGUCUUUAUUAGCUGUUUAUUUUUAUUUAUGAAUUUCAUUCAAUACAGAAAUGGGUGAGCUGUUUAGACCAUACAUCAUCUACCUCACAUCAGAAAAAGAGGAAGAACUUCGGAAACUCAUAAAGCAAUCUGAGUGGAAGAUUGGUACUUUCAAACGUGUCCAUCAAGAUUUAUGGUAUUUCAUUGAUUUGAUAAUAAAACAGGAAGAACUUGCUUUGGAUACAAUAGUGAAAUGCAAAAAGCACACAGAAGGAAUUUGCAAAACACAAAAAAUGAAAUGUUCAGACAAUAGUAUGAAUACUGAAAAGUCAAAUAAAAUUGUCAGAAAUGAUUCAUAUGAAAUAUCUUGUAGCAUUGAGCUUGAAGAUACAGAUCAUAAUGAAAUAAGAAGGAUGAUAAGCAGUGAUGAUUAUCACAAUUAUACAUUCAAUCAGCCAGAAGGUAAACCUGUAGAUGCCACAUGUAGUUAUGAUAAAGGAGAAGCAGAACAAAAAUACAGUAAUGAUAAAAAUGUCAUACUUGAAAACUCAGUGGAAAAAUUAGACAGCAGUAAAUCAGUUCAAGAAAAAGAGCAUGUUCAAAUCUCAGGAUUAGAUAAUGCUGAAAUGAAAUCAAGUCUUUCAGAUUCAAACCAUGAAACUUACCAAAUAGAAAGUAUACCUAAUAACUUCUUAAUGAAUAUACAAGAUAAUUGUAAUGGUAGUGUAAAACAAAAUUCUUGUGUAGAUGGUGUCAAUAAAGAUGACAUUCCAAGUGUAGAUACCACAAUAAAAGGCAAAUCUACCAACUAUAACUUUCGGCAAAGAAGAUGUUUGGAUAGAUUUGAGAUGUUUGAAUUAGGAAAUAUAUCUGAGCAGCAAGAUAAAUUAAGAUGUGAUAUCUGUGGUAAACUAUUUGUUAGUGAGCGAAGCUUGAAAUACCACAAAGAAAGGAUUCAUUCAGAUAAAACAUUGAAGCAUGGAGACAAGAAGAUUAAACCACAAAAAGAGCUGGAGGUGACUGCAUGUCAGAUCUGUAGAAAACAAUUUGCUGACAGUAAGUUUCUGUGAGAUUUAUUAUUAUUCAUCAUGUCAUUUGUAUGGUAAUGACCAAUUUAUUUCUAAUACUAGCCUUAUA